UGAUAUGGUGAGUGAUUUUCUUGUCUUUUUCUGCCAGUUCUGCCAGUCCACUAUACCUUCUAUGGGUUUUUAUUUUCUCUUCGAUGUACUCAGAAAAUUUUUCUUAUAGGAAUAAAAUAUCGACAUUGACUACUCCAGUUGACUACUACACGCUUUGCAUAAACUUAAAACUCAUUUUUUCUUGAUUUUUUCUAGGUCAUUACACUCAUUGCUAGAGUUGCGUCAUUAUGUUAUCAAAAAUUUUAAUGUCGGGGGUCUUGUUUUUAAUUGUGCACAAUUGGACAUUUUCUAACAAAAUCCUGUUGGGGAGGGUUUUAGCAACUGCUGACAGGCCCUGGUCACCCUGGUAGUGGGAGCUAGACUUUUCAAUGCUUUUCUUGUUUUCAAAUGCCCAUGACAAUUCUGUCCAGAGAUUCUCUCCCGCGCUAAUGUUGAGCCUAGAUGCGGAAGGUUAUGUUUGGUGAAGCAGGGAAAAAUAUUCGUUAUUUUAUUUUAUGUUUAACAGAAAAUUUUAUGUUAAAGAUAGAUUUACAAAAAGUGUUUCAUUUCUAAACUUGCCGAAUAUUUUUCUCUCCACCGAAAUUUCACAAAUGCGACCGAAAUGUUUAUCCAAUUAUCCACCGAACGUACGAAAAUUAAUCCACCAAACUUUUUGAAACCAGAUUUUUUGGUACUUAAAGUGUCUAUGCAGCGAAAUUUUAUGUCCUGCUUUUUUUAUAAGUUAUAUUUUCCUAUCUUUUCCGAUACGUUUGACACCAAAAUUGUCAUAAUUUGACAAGCAAAAGUGUGCUCAAUCAGAGUUUGAAGUUAAGUAGUACUUGCGAAAAUCAAGGCCAGUUUGUGACGUCACAGUGAUGAGUCGGGUCGACAGCAAUCAGGAAACUGCGGUUGUACAGAAUAGGUUUUAGUGAGGGAGAUACGAAGAAGAAUUGUGCAAAAUUGUGAUACAAGCACCAAAAUUUCAGAAAACACCAAGUUUGAUAUGCUAAAAAAGAUGUGAUAUAGACCCAAAUCAUAUCUUGCCCAUAAGAUCUAUUUUUAGACUGGGGUACUCCGGUCAAGACCCCUAAUUAUACUUUUUGUCAUAAACGGAGAACGCUAGGUCAUAGAAAGUUGAAAUUCACGAUAAAAAGACAGUUUAACAAGACAAAGAAGGUGUGACUUAGACCCGAUUCAUAAUUUUCCCUAAAUUCUAUUUUUAGACUGGGGUACUCUGGUCCAGACCCCUAAUUGUACAAUUGGCCAUAAACAGAGAAUGCCAGUUCAUGGAAAGUUGAAAUUCACAAUAUAAAGGCAGUUUAACGAGCCGAAAAAGAUAUAAAAUGAACCCAAAUCAUAUGAUGCCCCCUAAAUUCUAUUUUUAGACUGGGUACUCUGGUCCAGACCCCUGGCCACAAACAAAGAACGCCAGGUCAUAGAAACAUGGAAUUUUCAAUAAAAAGGCAGUUUGACAUACAGAAAAAGAUUAGCUAUUGAACCAAAUCAUACCUUGCCCCUUAGUUCUAUUUUUAGACUAGGGUACUCUGAUUCAGACCCCUUAUUCUACCAUUGGCUAUAAACGGAGAACGGAAAUUCUGAAUAUAAAGGCAGUUUGAUACGGUGAGAAAGAUAGUUCAUAUUCAUAUCUUGCACUCUAAAAAUAGAACAAGGGGAGCAAUUUUCAGUCGGGGUCCAUAUCCUAUCUUUAUAGGUGUAUCAAACUGCCCAUUACUGCAAAGUGUCAUGCUAGUAUCACAUUUUGCACAGUUCGACCCAACAAGUGAUUUAACAGGCCUGACUAAAUGGUUUCGCCUCGACUCAUCACUGUGACGUCACAGCGGGAAAUAAAAUUUCGCAACGCAACUGCAAACAACGUACCAGAACCCGCCAACGGACGAAAUGCAUAAAACCGGAAACCUUGUUUACAGUCUGGAAAUAAACACAUAAUCUCACUCGUAAUUCCAGAAAGAAAACCCGAAACCGGGUGACUAGAAUUGGUCAAACCCGAAACCCGUGAGAUGCCAAAGCCCCCCUCUUAAUUGCGAUCACCUUUUUAAAACGAUGAUGAAGUAUAAGGAAAAUGUGAUACAUUUUAUUCAUCAAACAUUGUAUUCAAUAGCCUAAACCUGCACAAAACGGAAAUCCACAAACAAUUCCUUUUCUCCAACAGUCAAUUUUGCGGACUUCGUACUAUUGCACGAGACAUUGGUCUUGGUUAAGAGUUGGAUUUCAGAAUUGGCAGGCUGGAUAGCCGUUGUGAAAGGUAUUCGAUGAAUACUGAGGCUCAAGUUCGCCUGAAAAUGCCACGCAUAAGGGAAGGGAUUGAUAAUCUUCAAGGCCACUUUGAUAAUUGUGUCAAGUCAGCCAGGAAAAACUCGAUGACUAACAUCGAAUCCUUUGCAAACAACCAAAAACCAAAAAAAAUACAUGCAAGUGGCUCUUGCUCUUCAACUAUUGUGAGGUUGGAAAAAGAUAUCGAUAGCGAUGUGGAGCGAUCAGAUGAAGAAGACAAAAAGAGCUCAGAUAAGGAGGAUUAUUCUGGUUCAGACAUCGAUUUGGACAGCCUCAGUGACGUUGCACUGUCAGACUUUGAUAGCGAUAGUGAAGAGCCUGUAUCAUGUCAUUCAGAAGGGAAUUCCGAUGAAUAUGAUGACGACGCCAGGUGGAUAGCGUACAAGGUUGAAAAGGCAGAUCCGUUGUGCUACAAGUUUGAUAGCCUUCUACGAAGUGGUUUAAUCCCGAAAACAGGAAUUCUCUACAAGUUCCUCACUGAAGUCGUUGAAUUUUUUAUGAUCCUAGGCACCAAUACGGCAAGGAUGAGACAGAAUUUUUCAACAGCAUUAGACAACUUGGAGGAAGGCGAACUGUCAACUUCAUUCGAGGACCUGUGGACAAUGGAGAAGGAAAGAGAGGAUCCAAACAGUCAAAGGAAACAUGCGAAAUGAACUUUGGUGGACCAUCAGAAACUGUAUGCAACAAACAUCAAGCUGGCUACACGAUAAAGUCUGGAGUUAUAAAGCCUCUAAGCUUGGCCCCUUUGAAGCUAUGUGAUAGGAGUGAUGCACCAAUCAAAAAUCUUGUUGGAUCAGAGGUAGUUCAUGUCUUUCCUUGUGUUUUAUGUAACGCCAAAAUUCAUACGGGAAAAUAUAGUAACAGAAACAGACUUUGCAGAAGAAGAGUUUUGUUAGGUGUAACAGCUGAUUGUGAAGAAGGCAACAAGAAUGCAUUUGAAAAGAUUCAGUCUGCACGGAGCAAGAAAAACAUCGAACCUGACUUGUCACUAUUGUCCGUGAUUCCUGAUUGCCCCCAUGUAGGCAAGAGUCUGAAAGCUAGCUUUUUCAACUGGUUUCUCAAGCUUGGUAAUGAAAGAGGUAACCUGUCAAUUCUGCGAAAUCUUCGAAAUCGAUCCACGCCUGAAGUGAGUAAGGUAGUUAAAAGCCUCAUUCCGAAGAAUGACUUUGUUAGAAAGAGAGACCGCCAACACCCAUCGGCUGUCCUUGCACUGACAGACGAAUCUUUGCUGGAUCUGUCACUUCAACCAUCAUUACUGAAACUGGUAAAUUCACUGUAGACAAUCGACCAGGAAUGCACCAAAAGCCAUUUAGGAUUACAGUUGGAUAUUAUGGCUGGAUCUACCUUCUUUGUUUAGACCUUGUCCGCUGAAGAAUAACUAGGGUUUAAAAGAAAGUAUAAAAGGUACCAGCUGUCAAAAGAUCUUCUGUUGGAACAUGUACGAACGUCUGUGGAAACGAGUACUUCCAAAUUGGCUCAUCAGUCGUAGACCAGACGAAACUGGAAAUUUUGAUUCCCAGUUUCGAGUUCUUUAUCAAUUUGGGAUAUUGAAUUGUGAUGGUAACCGGGUUUUACGCUGUUUUUUGGGGGUAAAAUGGGGGUCAAAUCCGGAGAAGUUCCUGCUUAUCCUCUGCGAAGGAAAAACUAAACAAAGAGCAUUACCACGCCAAUACAGAUAAGAUAAACGUGGAAUCUUACUGAGGAAAUCAAGAGCUAGAGCUACGAGUAUGAUGGACUUGCUACAAGUCUCUCUCCUUCCCUUCCAUUUUUCUUUUUUUCCUUUUCUAUAUUUUCAGAUUAUUAAAUGGAUAGAGAGAGACCUGUAGCAAGUCCACAAGUAUGAAUGAUAGGUAGGAACAGCACACACGACGAAAAGCAAUCCAUUACCAAUCAAUACAAUAUAAUAGACCAAAAUUUAGCAAUAAAUUAUGAUUUUGAUAGGACUUAAUGUACUUAAUUGUCUUUCUUGACUCGUAAGUUAAAGAACUUGUCUUUUAAAGUCAGCAAAUGAAUAAGCUUGCGUUUUUUCUUUACCAUACAGUGGACGGAUCAUUGUAGAAUCUGUGAGGGCAUAUCUAAACCUUCGCAGUUGAGAUAUGCCCUCGCAUUAGGACGAAUUCCUUAUGGAUUUAAGAAAAAAUGGGCUUUGGAAAAGUCUAGGGUAGUUAUGACAAACAGUAAAAGCAGUAGUUGUUUUGUUCCGGAGAACUUGUGUGUGUGUGUGUGUGGGGGCGGGUUUAAAGCUGAAUAAAAAGAGGAUUGAUUGUGGUCAAUCUCUUAAUUCUUUACGCUAAGCCCCCCUUAUGAAUAAACCGUCACAAUCUUAAAGCGUGAUUUUUCAUAAACAAGAUAUCACAAAUAAACAAACAUAGAAAAUUAAACUGAAAAUAGGAUCUAAGCGAAGUUUGUCGACAGAAGUCUAUUCUUUCAAGAUGUUCUUGUUGAUGGCAGUCAUGAUUUUUAAGGAAUAUCUUGUCUUAGCAGCAGGCAAUGGAAAUCAUAGAGUAAAAUAAUGAUAAUGUGUCUAACAAAUUUCUUUUG